CCUUAUUACCGGCAGCGGAAAUUGUGUAGUCCUUACUGUGGGAAAGAAGAUCGCAGUGUGAGGCCUCUUCGCCCGGGCCCUACUCGUUUUCGUAGCGCGGUGCAGUGGUGUGGUGCUGCGCGGGUGCGUCCGCCAUAUCCUCGCUCUCUUUGUCGUCCGUCGCAAGUGCGGUAGGCAGCCAUGGGAAAGGAGAAGUCACAUAUCAACAUCGUGGUCAUCGGCCAUGUCGACUCCGGCAAGUCGACGACCACGGGCCAUCUCAUCUACAAGUUGGGUGGCAUUGACAAGCGUGUGAUCGAGAGGUUCGAGAAGGAGGCGGCUGAGAUGAACAAGCGGUCCUUCAAGUACGCUUGGGUGUUGGACAAGCUGAAGGCGGAGCGCGAGCGUGGAAUCACCAUCGACAUCGCUUUGUGGAAGUUCGAGACGACGAAGUACUACGUGACUGUCAUCGAUGCGCCCGGCCAUCGCGACUUCAUCAAGAACAUGAUCACGGGCACUUCGCAGGCGGACUGCGCUGUGCUGGAGGCGGCGAGCUUCACGUCCCAGGUGAUCAUCAUGAACCACCCUGGGCAGAUCGGUAACGGGUAUGCGCCGGUGCUGGAUUGCCACACGUGCCACAUCGCGGUGAAGUUUGCCGAGCUGGUGGUGAAGAUCGAUCGGCGAACGGGCAAGGAGCUCGAGAAGGAGCCCAAGUUCCUGAAGAACGGAGACGCUGGUUUCGUGAAGAUGGUUCCAACGAAGCCGAUGUGUGUUGAGACCUUCGCCCAGUAUCCCCCUCUGGGUCGUUUCGCCGUGCGUGACAUGAGGCAGACGGUGGCCGUUGGCGUGAUCAAGGCCGUGGAGAAGAAGGAGAAGGAAGGCAAGGUGACGAAGGCCGCCAUGAAGAAGGGAGGAAAGUGAACUGGUAGCUUGUUUCCUCUUCAUGUGGAAUCUGUGCGGGAUUCCGACCUGUUUCUAGUGUGGGAAAGAUGCCGUGAUGUGAGUGGCGUAGAUACGCAUGAUUUUCUUAGUCACGCAGAGUCGGCUCUUGCAGCUGGCGAUGGUUUCGCCGGCGGUUUGGCAGUCGGAGGGAGAGCAGACGCGGAAGUAGUCGGUAGGACGUCAGGUUUUUUUCCUGUUUUCCGACGGGGAGUGGGAUUAUGUGACGACAGUGUUUCUCAGAAUUAUGAGGUUUGCGCUGUGCUGAGGGAGUGGUCGUUUCGGUGUCUUUCGGGUGACGCUAGGUCAAGGGAAGACACCUGUCGAGGGAUUGUUUCUCCAUCAUUCUCAUCUUGGAGUUUUGUGCGGUAUCUGUUGGGUCUGUACGAUGAUCGGAUGGAUACAGCUCGAUCGCGACAGACCUGGGUGCUCGAUAGGCGAUGGCGUGGUUAGUGAAUUCGGGCGCGUUGUCAGCUUCUACUCUUCUUCGAGAUUAGGUCUAUUCUUCGAGAUUAGGUUUAUUCUUUUGCGGAUUGUCGAGUUUGUUGAGUUGAUUCCAUAAUGAAUAAAUGGUCGGCCUAGACGGUUAGGGUUUUUAGCCUUCGUUGCGGCUUUGUUUCUUUCUGUUUGGGGAGUUUCUACGGCGAAGUGAAACAAUUUGUCGGUUCUGAAUUGAUGAUGAUUGAUUGCCGCUGGCUUACGGAAGUCUGCGGGUAAUUCGUCCGCGCUGUAAACGGACUCUACAGUACCCGUGCGUGUCUAUCAUUUUGCAAUACCGGUCAACACUCCGUCCUCCCUUGUUUUUUGAAUGUGAAGCAUGCCGUUUAACUGGUGAGAUUUCUCGACUUUUACCAAUGUGUGAAGGUCUUCCUAUUUACAGUCCCCUUGCCGCCGACCCUUUUUACAGUACAUAGAAUCUCAUUGAAUCUCUUUACUUCCUCUUUCUCUAUAGUACAUCCUCCUGAUCCCCUGUGUCGAUUUCCCCUCUUGCGAAUACGGCACGUAUGGACUGCCUGGUGUUGAUUUCCCCUCUUGCGAAUACGGCACGUUUGGACUGUUUUCAUACUUCCCGCUGGUAUGUACGUAUUGACGCAGUUCUGCUUUGCCCUCGCUGUGGCCCUCUUUUGCAUGCAAUACCCAAGUGUUUGUGGUGCCUGUGACACCUCCCUGUCCCAUUGCUGCUUUUGCACAUCCCUCGACAUUUCCUCUGUUGUCGGUGUAGAGGUUCUUACCGUUCAUGAAUGAUGUGAAACGCUUCCUCCCCUCCCCCUUCCCCAUAUCCUUUGGACACGGUUUUUCUUGUGACCCCCCCUUAGCACUCUGCUUUUACGGCUUGUGUGUAAAGUGCCGUCUAUUGUUGUACUCUUUUGGUGUUCCCCUGCCGAACGUCGUCCGCUCGUAAACCAUUCUCUCUCCUCAAUGCUCAUCAUCCAUCUCGAAUUCAGUGCUUAGAAUUUUCAAGCCAUUGUUAACCUUCGCCUGUCUUGUGGGUAAGCACCGUCCCCGUUGACGGUUUCUUCCUCUCUGCAGGUGGAUUUGGGAGUCUACUUAUGUUUAGCUGGAGUUAACAGUGUGACUGUUUGGGUCGGGUGUCGUCUACGUGUGCGAGACAGAUUUUGGU